AUGGAGCAAAUGGCCGAGUGGCGGGUGCAGGCACAGGUGACUCCCUUUGCUAAACUGCUGUGGGAGGGAUUGAAGGGCGAGGGGGGGGGGGGGGGGGCUGUGCUGGCCGACUCCAACCUCCUCACUCCCAUCAUCCGCACUAACCUCCUCACUCCCAUCAUCCGCACUCACCUCCUCACUCCCAUCAUCCGCACUAACCUCCUCACUCUCAUCACCCGCACUAACCUCCUCACUCCCAUCAUCCGCACUCACCUCCUCACCCCAUCACCCUUCACUCACCUCCUCACUCUCAUCACCCACACUAACCUCCUCACCCCCAUCACCCGCACUAACCUCCUCACCCCCAUCAUCCGCACUCACCUCCUCACUCCCAUCACCCUUCACUCACCUCCUCACCCCCAUCACCCGCACUAA